CCAAAACAAGCCAAUACCAUUAAAACGAGAGAAACCAGAAAUUCAGAGAGAAAAAAGAAAUAAAAAUCAAAGCCUUAACUACUCUCUUUCGAUAGUCAAAAAAUCUGCUGUAAACAGUGGAGAGAAGUAUAAUUAAGCAGCUAUCUCUCUUUGAUACUUUGUUCUUCAUUUCUCUCCUUGUUCUGAGGUUGUCUUUCUUAAAUCGCCAUGGAUACACAGAUCUAUGGCGUUUCUAAGCUUAUCUUCAUCAUCUAUAUUGUCAUCUCUGUGAUAUCUGUUAUAUUUUGUUCUGCAUUACCAACAGAGAAAUCAAGUAAUGUCGUUGUUGUGAAAUCAAAUUCAACAAGUAGUCCAAUCAGCUCAAAUUCAGUGCUAGUAGCAUUACUAGACUCACAUUACACAGAACUGGCUGAACUAGUGGAAAAGGCAUUACUCUUACAGAAACUUGAAGAAGCAGUUGGUAAACACAAUAUUACAAUCUUUGCACCAAGAAAUGAAGCUUUAGAAAGAGAUCUUGACCCUGAGUUCAAGAGGUUUUUACUUGAGCCUGGUAAUUUAAGAUCUUUACAAACAUUAUUGAUGUUUCAUAUCAUUCCGAAAAGAAUCGGUUCUACUCAGUGGCCUCAAUCUGUUGACUCAUCAUCAGUUGCUCACAAAACUUUGUCCAAGCAGCAUGUAAUCUUAUCGUCAGACGAUAAGGAUUCCAGCAAGAAAGUUGAUCUAGCGACUGUUAUUCGUCCUGAUGAUGUGAUUCGGCCUGAUGGUGUGAUUCAUGGAAUCGAACGGUUGUUGAUUCCUCGAUCUGUUCAAGAGGAUUUUAACCGGAGAAGAAAUCUUAGAUCUAUUUCGGCUGUAAUUCCAGAAGGAGCACCAGAAGUUGAUCCAAGAACACAUCGGCUGAAGAAACCAGUAUCAUCACCGGCACCUGCCGGUUCACCACCGGCUUUACCGAUUUAUGAUGCUAUGGCUCCUGGACCAUCUCUUGCACCAGCUCCGGCACCUGGACCUGGUGGUCCCCGUCACCAUUUUAAUGGUGAAUCUCAGGUUAAAGAUUUUAUCCAAACUCUUUUGCAUUACGGUGGUUACAAUGAAAUGGCCGAUAUCUUGGUAAAUUUGACGUCCCUAGCUACCGAAAUGGGAAAAUUAGUAUCAGAGGGUUAUGUGAUUACUGUAUUAGCACCAAAUGAUGAAGCGAUGGCUAAGUUGACAACAGAUCAAUUGAGUGAACCCGGUGCGCCAGAACAGAUAAUGUAUUAUCAUAUUAUACCUGAAUACCAAACUGAAGAGAGUAUGUACAAUGCCGUGAGGAGAUUUGGGAAAGUCAGUUACGAUACCUUGCGGUUGCCGCAUAAAGUUGUUGCACAGGAAGCUGAUGGAUCAGUUAAGUUUGGUAAUGGUGAUGAAUCUGCUUAUUUGUUUGAUCCUGAUAUUUAUACGGAUGGUCGGAUAUCGGUUCAAGGGAUUGAUGGUGUGUUGUUCCCAUUGAACGAGGAAACAAAACAAGUAUCUGAGACUAAAACUGAUCAAUCGUCGUGGUCUAAGGUUGCUGUUAAGCCUAGAAGAGGUAAGCUAUUGGAAGUAGCAUGUGGAAUGUUAGGCGCCUUCUGCCCAUAAAAACCUUUUCCUUACACUAAACCAAUCUGGAAGAUUGGCGACAGAAUACGGGAGAAUCAGAUUGAUGUAUAAAUACUCCAGUCAGAGCAUGGUUGAAGAAAUAUAUAUAGGGUUUGUUCUUGAUCUCUUUCUUUCUUCUUACUUCACCGCAACAAGCAUACUUGAGAAGAAUGAGUUCAAAGUGCGGGGGUUGGCGAUAUAAGCAACAAUUUUACUAGGAUUUUGCAUGGCAGAAUCGCAUCGCCAAAGAAGGAAGUAAAAAGAAGAAAGAAGAGAUGGUGUUUAGUAGGCAGUUUACACAACAUAUUAAGUAGAUAAGAUAUUUUUUUAUUUUUUUACUUUUCAUUAUUUUUAAAAAAAUUAUGUAUGGAAGAAUGAGGAGAUUGUAACAAUAAAGAAGAAGAUAUACAUUUGGGAGGAGAGGGGGGUAAAUUUUGUGUGGUAGUGUGGAAGAGAGAUGGGGUUUGUUGUCUAUCCAUACAUCUCUUUCCAACACAAGACAAGAUGAUAAAUGCAAUAAAGGAAACAGUACAUCAGAAAUUUGGAGAACCAAAAAACAAAAAGAGAACCAAAAAAAAAAAACAGAUGGAAUAAAAAAGAUGUUCUUUUGUGCUUGUAUAUUUCUCUGUCAUUUGUACAUUUGUAAUUACAUGGUGAUAUUUCAUACCAACUGUGUUCUUGUC